UGCUCAUUGCAGGAGACAAACUGCUCUCACGUUGAUGGAAUUAGCAUUUUUUUUUGUUCUAAUUAAUUUGUGUUACUGACAGAUUACGCGUUCGUUUAUCGCCGAGAAGUGUCAAUCGAAUUAAUUUUGCUUUAUUUUUUUAACCUCUGGAGUCGUGAUCAGCGGGAAUGAGACUGAUGACUGCUCUCGGGGGUAGGAGGACUGGGACGAGUUUAAACCGGGAACUACAAGUCUAGAUUUUUUACAACUUUGCAAGGACUUUAUCUGCUUACAUGGAUCGAUCAACGUCAUUGGAUAUUGAGGCUCUCAAGAUGACACAGGAGCAGUACAUUUUGGCGGCCCAGCCCAAUCACAUCCAGAGGCCGGCGUGUGCCGCGGCCUAUCCGGUGGGGAUAUACGGCUGGCGGAAACGCUGCCUCUACUUCUUUGUCCUGCUGCUGCUGGUGACCAUGAUCGUCAACCUGGCGCUCACCAUAUGGAUCCUGAAGGUCAUGAACUUCACCGUGGAUGGGAUGGGGGAUCUUCGCAUAACCAAACAGGGAGUGAGGCUGGAGGGCGUGUCCGAGUUUCUCCUCCCGCUGUACGUCAAAGAAAUACAGUCAAGGAAGGACAGUCCGCUGGUGCUGCAGUCUGACAGGAAUGUGACGGUGAACGCGAGGAAUGACCUUGGCCAGCUCACAGGACAGCUGACAGUGGGAUCAGAGAUGGUAGAAGCACAAUGCCAGAGGUUCGAGGUGCGCAGCAAUGAUGGAGGGAAGGUGCUGUUUUCUGCUGACGAGGAGGAGGUCAGCAUCGGCGUGGAGAAGCUCCGAGUCACAGGGACAGAGGGAGUGGUCUUUGGACAUUCCGUGGAGACGCCGCACAUCCGAGCAGAACCUUUUCAGGAUCUGAAGCUGGAGUCCCCCACCAGGACCCUGACCAUGGAGGCACCGAAGGGGGUGGAGAUCAGCGCCAACGUGGGGGACUUCAAGGCGUCCUGUCGAAAAGACCUGCUGGUCCAGUCCUCAGAGGGAGAGAUAUUUUUAAACGCAAACACAAUCCGAUUGGGGAACAUCCCGCACGGCACGCCGGCGGACCCGCUGGCGGCGACGUACCCGAAACAGACUGUCUACGAGCUGUGCGUGUGUCCGAGCGGAAAGCUGUACCUCUCCCCAGCCGGGACAGGGUCCACCUGCCAGUCCACCAGCACCGUCUGCCUCUGGAGCUGAAAGCAGGUCCCUCUCUUCCACCAGAAAGGCCUUUGGUACAGUACUGUCCUCGUCACCUUGCUUCCCAGCCCC